CACCCCAAUCAGACUCUACAUCUACGUCUUUUGCAUUACAAUAACCACAGUCAUAAAAUGUUUCUUAUCUAUAUUCUAUAGUUCGCCGAUAAUGAACACUUUGAUAGCCCUCUUAGCGAUGAUCAUGUUUAUGAUAUCAACGGUGAUGGCGUGCUCUUCUUGCCCUCAUGAUUGCUUGAUUGCUUACUACCCGUUUGAGGGAGACGUUACUGACAGCUCCGGUAACAACCGCGACGGAACCACGACCAGCGAUGUUUCUUACGCGGCUGGCCGAUGCGGUCAGGCCGCGUCCUUUAACGGUGCGUCUAAAAUGAGCGUCCAGUCGUUUGCCAACUUCGCCUUGGGCACGGAGUUCAGUGCCAGUGUAUGGUUCAAGCGAACCGGUGAGUGGGGGAAUUACCAGGGCAUCAUCAAUAAUGGGUAUUACACUACAGGGAGCUGGGAGAUCAGAAUGGGUAGGGAGAACAGCGAUCAAAUGUUAGGCGGUGGUGUCGUUACAACCGCUGCGUCUACUACCUGA